AUGACACGAAAUAAUAUAGUUGGCUUCUACACUGGCUCGCUGGCCCUGGUGGCCGAUGCAUUCCAUUAUUUGAGUGAUAUUGUCGGCUUCAUCAUUGCUCUCGUGGCUGCGAUUAUUGCAGGAAGAGACAAGUCACCAACUCCCUUGACCUUUGGUUGGCAACGCGCACAGUUACUAGGUGCUUUCUUCAAUGGCGUUCUCUUGUUCGGUCUGGGAAUCAGUAUCUUUUUGCAGUCAAUCGAGCGAUUCAUCAGUUUGGAGCGAGUCGAAAACCCGAAGCUGCACCUCACCCACAAGCACCAUACCAAUGCCAUCGCUUUGAAGCCGCGUGAAAAGUUUGACCUAGCCCUCAUGGGAGUCUUGAUUCAUAUCAUGGGCGAUUGUGCGAACAAUGUUGGUGUGAUCAUUUCAGGGUUGGUCAUUUGGCUGGCAAAGUAUGGCGGUCGGUUUUAUGUCGACCCUGCCGUGAGCAUGGCCAUCGCUAUUAUGAUCUUCGUCUCCUCUUUACCACUAGGUAGGACUCCCAAGAUUUAUCUCGUGUUUUUAAUUUCCCCCCCUGCGCUACGGUCGCUAAACCAUCGACCAGUCAAACGAAGCGGUAUGAUUCUACUUCAAAGUGCUCCCCAGGGCGUCGAGCAUGAUGAUGUUAAACAUGAUCUUGAGCAGAUCACGGGAAUCGUCGCCGUCCAUGAGCUUCACAUCUGGCGCUUGAACCAGAAGAAGUCUCUCGCCUCUGCCCACCUUGUCUUAGACGGGACAGCCGAGGAGCAGGAUUUCAACAAGUUGGCCAAAACAGUGAACGAAUGUUUCCAUGCGUAUGGCAUCCACUCGGUGACUCUUCAGCCUGAGAUGCUCCCUGGCCGCAAAGGGAAUGAAAAGGCCAAGAUUGCAAGUCAUACAAGCGGAGAAGGUAUAGAGACUCAUUGCCAGCUAGUUUGUGGAAAGCUCUGUGAAUAUCUAUCGUGCUGCCAGUGA